AUGGCAACACGUAUCUUUGUUCAGUGUAAAACUGACAAAAUGCCUGGAUCAGAUGUUGAGCAGAUCCCACUUAUGGCAAAUGCUGCAUGUCGAAAAGUUUGGAAUCGGGACUUUAAUGAGAAUCUUCCUGACAACGAUCGACUCAGUAGUUUUGGUGGAUGGAUGAACCCUAGGUGUUUUCUACUGAUUGAUAACGGUCCUGUGGAUAUGCCAUAUACUCUUGUAAAACUUCGCUGGGAUGGACAGAAGCUGGCGGAUGACUUAGGGCCGUUACACUCGUAUAUUCAGAAAGAGUUUGAGACAAGAUAUCAGUUCAACCCCGCUGAUCGACCAAAAGCAAAUGGACUUAACGAUGAACAGUUGAAAGAAUUUCUUGGACCAGAAGAAUUCGACAAGGUCAUAAAAUCCAGAAGUGAGAUGAUUGCAAGGCACCAGGCGAAGAUAUGCAAGCAGACCUAA